ACUGCUCACAACUGCAACAACCAUAGCGAUAUUGGUAAAUGUUUGCGAACUUGGGCAGUUGUACAUAAUCAGCCACGCUCGUCGGUAAAUGAAAUUUGAGCUAUUUUGGGAAUAUGGACAGAUUUGGAAGAAGCAAGGAUUCUCGCACGCUAUUGAAAACGCCAAAACCCAUCGGGGAAGAGAUACAAUCGAUAGCGGGCGGCGAAUUUUGGUACAAAGGAAUAGAAAAUAAUCUCGUCAAUUAUUUAAAGUUAACUGUUCCAUCAAUCGACGAACUGUCGAUACAGGUAUCCACCGACGGACUCCCUCUUCAUAGAGGUGGACCUACACAGCUCUGGCCCAUACUUAUGAACAUUGUAGAACUGCCCUCCGCACCAAUUAUGAUGAGCGCAGUGUUUUGUGGACCAGCAAAACCAACCAGUCUGGAAGUAUUUUUAAGACAGUUUGUAGAGGAGGCAAAUGACAUUCAUCGAAGGGGAUUGCGGAUCGGAGAUAAAAUGAUAAAAUUUUCGAUCCAAGCUAUUAUUGCAGAUUCUCCUGCGCGGGCUUUCCUUAAAGCAACAACCUACUUCAAUGGAUACCACGGUUGUAUGAGGUGUACCUGUGUUGGGGAAUAUUAUAAACAUGAAAAAAAUAUUUUCGACUCCGUUGGCGCUCCUCUACGAACGCACCAUGGAUUUAAAUCUAGGGAUUGUCCGGGUCAUCACCAGGAAUGGCGUUCACCCCUGGAAGACCUUGAUGAUUUUGUUAUGGUGGAUAAAUUACCGACUAGUUGUGGGUUGCACUUAUGCUAUGAGGGUGCGACUCGCCGACACUUGUGCGGUCUUGUGGGUGGAAGCAUUGAUGAUGAUGCCGAGAGGAUGCGAGAUGAUGAUCCUGAUGUUGACAACUGUACCAGUUUUGCUGGGGCAUUAACGUUGAGGAGUGGUCGGCAAUUGUUCAGAUUUGAUAAUUACUGGUCUAUUUGCCUGUUUCGCAGUGCAAGGAGCUGAUGACGGUGAUGCCGAAUUGACGCGGGGCGAGGAUGCGAUGGCUGACGAUUGAACCAGGUUCACAAGGGCAUUCACGUGCCAGGAGCCGAUAAUGGAGAUACCGAAAGGACGCAGGAUGAUUUUUUUGACCAUUGCACGAGCUUCACAGGGGCAUUCACGGAAGGAAUAAUGGUGAUGUAUAUAUGGAUAUCUUUAAUGGUACGAUGGUCGAAGGUACUACCGAUGCCUGCGCUUUUACGCUGAGAUCUGGAAAUGUUGCCAUCGGUGCCGUUAUCGUUUUAUACACGUUGUUUGAAGCCAUUUCGCUAAACGUAUCCUAAAUGAACAUUUUGUUUAUUUAGUGAACCAUUUGAUUUCAAUUUAUCCUAAUUAAUAUGUACCUUUUUAUGUUUUGCAGAAAAUCUGAGAGCAAUAAUAAAACAAAUUUUAUAUUUCAGCUUAUGAAGCAAAGUCUAUAUGAUACAGAGGUCGAGUCGUCCAGAACAUUUGAUCAAAAAGCGUGGGAAAGUUUUGACAGCUGGAUGAAA